AUAACCUGAAAAUAUCCAACACUAAUAAAUUUUCUUCAUUAGUUACUCUCGUUAAUCUUUUCACAUAUAUCGAGCAGUGCACUUGCACAGAGGCGAGCGAAUAUGGCUGAGGGGAAAGAAGAGAAGAAAGAAGAGAAGGGAAAAGAGAAAGAAGAGAAUAAGAAGAAUGAUGAGAAGAAAGAGGGAAGUGAUGUGAUUAAUGCCAUUUACAAAGUUAACCUUCAUUGCCAGCAAUGUGGACGAAAGAUCAAGAAGCAUCUCCUUGUUACUCAAGGGGUUCAGAAUGUGGAGACAGAUAUGGAGAAAGGAGAAAUAAAAGUGAAAGGAAAAUUAGACCCCUUGAAGAUAUUGAAGAUUAUUGAGAAAAAGAGCAACAAAAAGGUUGAGUUAAUAUCCCCAAAAAUCAAGGCUGAGCCUCCUGCCCCUCCAGAGAAAAUACCAAAGGAGAUCAAGAAAGAACCAAUUAUUCGCACUAUCACAGCGAAGGUUCACAUGCAUUGUGACAAAUGCGGGAGAGACCUGCAAAAUAGGUUGAUAAAACACAGAGGUAUUUUUAGUGUUAAAACUGACCAGGAAGCUCAAACGGUGACAACUGAAGGAAGCAUUGAGCCUGAAAAAUUAUUAAGGUUUCUGAAAACAAAAGUGCAUAAAAAAGCAGAGAUUAUUUCCUCAAAGGAACAGAAAAAGGUUGAAGACAAAGAAAAGGGCAAGCAAGAUGGAAAAUCUCCAGAGUCAUCAACCAAAGAAAAGGGUAAGGCAGGUGAAUCAACCAAAGAAAAAAGAGAAGGCAAGUCUGGUACUGAAUCCAAAGAAAAAGAGAAAGAAGAGAAGAAGAAAGAUGGUGAAUCAGAGAAGAAGGACAAAGAAAAAGAGAAGGAAGAGAAGAAGAAAGAUGGUGAAUCAGAGAAGGACAAAGGAAAAGAGAAGAAUAAGGAGAGUGGGGAAAGCACAACACAGAUAAUACAAAUCCAAGAAGAUACCACAGUUGACAUUGUGGCCAAACACAACGUUCCUUAUAUCAUCCACUAUGUCUAUGCUCCUCAGCUUUUUAGUGAUGAGAAUCCUAAUGCUUGUUGUGUUUUAUAGGUCAAUCAUUGUUGAGUAAAAUAAAAGGGAUAAUAAAAGUUUUAGUCGGUCAAAUUUGUCUAAGCUAUAUUGAUUUGGUUUAUCAAAUUUACUUUUUUUUUGUAGCAAUCUAAUCUUUUAUGUUUUCUUCAAGUUAGUUAUUUAGGUUUUGAAACACAAAUUGGUCCUCAAAUUAAUCUGAUGUGUAUAUUGAUGACUUGGUAUAUAUGUGUUUGGAUAAGUGAGAAUAAAUCAACUUUGUUUUUA